ACCACCACACACCACCCCACACCAUCCCCCACAAAUAACAAUUCAGCAUGGAAGUUGGUUAAACAUAUGUGUCUAUUGCCACUGUUGAACCGAUAAACAUUUCAAUGGGCCAUUCGUCCAGCUUGGCUCAGCUCGGCUAAACUAAAUGACACGAACAACAAUGUUACGUCACGGAGUUUUGGUUGCGCUAGCAACCUUUUUCUUGUUUACAUGCGUGACGUCAUCGCACGUGCAGAGCGUCGACCCGGUCGUGACGGCAUCCAACGAGACCGUACAACCAGUUCCGGAAAACACGUCAUCCAAUGACAAACCUGCCGAGCCUGUGCUGACGUCACUGAACUCUACAGCCCACCUGGCUUCAGACAACACGUCACCACAGGUCAGACAGCCAGACCCAUCGAGCAAGUCAGAUCCAGAACCGACGGAAUCAAAGAACGCUCUCGACGUCGUCUCGGAGAACGACGACACGAAAGUUGCCUACAACCGUGACGUCAACAAAGACAACCCAGAAUUCACGUUCCGAACUUUCGUGACGAUCUUCGUCACGCUGACCAUCGUCCUGUCCAACUGCGCCAUCUUGAUGGUGGCGUCAUGGACGGACGCCUUCAGUAACUUCAACAAGACUUUCAUCUACUCGCUGACCUUGGCUGACCUUCUCAUCGGUCUCUUCAUCACGCCCUACUCCGUCUUUCUCUCUGUCUACAACCGCUGGAUAUACACCAGUGAAAUGUUCUGUAGUGUUGAGGCCUACCUGUUUACGACGUUAAUGACGGCCAAGCUGUACUCUCUGACCUGGCUCAACGUUGACCAUUACGUCGCCGUCAGGAAACCGGAGCGUUACAACGUCAUGAUGUCCCCUACCAGGAGUCUCUGCUGGAUUGUCUUCUCUUGGAUAGUCGCCAUAUCGUUUUGUUGUCCCCCUUUGUUCUCGUUCGAGUCAGCUGUGUUCAACAAGGCCAUCUCCAUCUGUAUGAUCGACACCAAGCAACAAGUGGCCUACAUCCUGACGGCCGGGGUCCUUGUCUCCAUCCCCAGCCUGUUCGCCAUGAGCAUCACAGGCGCCUACCUGUUCACCAAGUCUUUCAAGAAGCGCAUCCAGUUCUACGAGAAGGUGUACGUGGAGUUGUCCUCCCGCCCCAGCAACUACUACAUCACCUGCAUCCUGUGUCUGCUGUAUAUCAUCGUCUGGAUCCCUUUUGUCAUCAUCAACCUCGUUGUGAAGCGAGCCUUCCAGACUGACGUAGACGACUCCCUCCAGUUUGCCGCCUGCUGGGUCGGCAUCUCCGCUAGCUUCAGCCAGUUUUUUGUUCUGCUCAUACUCAGCGCUGACUUCCGGUUCCAUUUCCUGGAAAUUUGUCAGUUGCCAGGAUGGUGUGUGUGGUGUAAUCAAGAAAAUCUGGCAGAUUCCACGGACGUCAACUUUAUCACAAUCCCAGUCAAACGCUGAUUGCAACAACAUGUAAUCAACAAAGUUCAAACUCUCAACCAAACCAGCCAAACUUGAGACAAGUUCUGUACAAGACCAUAUGGAGAACAUUUUCCUAGUAUAAAUUA